UAGUGCGUCUAGGCGCGAAAGCUCGAACUCCGCUGCCGGGCUGGAGACAGCGGGAGCGGCCGCCCGCAGGUUGAGGCUACUGAGGACCGGUUCUCCCGGAGCUGCGCGGUAGGGAGGCCGGAAUCAUGACCGGCGAGGUGGGUUCCGAGGUCAACCUGGAAGUCAGUGAUCUAAAACUGGUUUCACAAGAAUCAGCAGACAGUCCUGUAGACAGCGGACAAGGCAGCUUUGAAACACUCGAGCCCCUGAGUGAAAGAGAUUCUGACGAAGAGAUAUUUGUGAGUAAGAAAACGAAGAGCAGGAAAGCGCUGCAAGACAGUGAUUCUGAGGCCGAGGACAGAGAUGCCUCUCCAGAGAAACCCACCUAUGACAGCGAGGAGGAGAAUAAGGAGAACUUCCACUCGAAGAGGAACAGGAAGGUCAAAAGCCUUUCUAAGACUCUGGCCGACAGUGACGAGAGUAACAUGGAGGGAACUGUGUGUCAGGAGAAUCCAGAAACUCAAGACACACCUGCCUUAGAGCUGAGCCACCAGUCUGGAAGCCCCGUGGGCCUCACCACUGACAGAAAGCUUGCCAAACAACUCUCCAGAGAAGGAACUGAAGGAAAAGCAAAAGCAAAAUCCAAGAGACGACUCGAGAAAGAGGAGAGAACGAUGGAAAAAAUUAGGCGGCUAAAAAAGAAGGAAACAAGAUAUGAGGAAAGUGAUGCAAACCAGCCGCUUAAUGACAGUGGCUGUCGUCUUGAAGAUAGUGACCUUUUUGAAACAGGUUUGGAAGAAGAAAAUGACUCUCCAUUGGAAGAUGAAGAGUCAUUAGAGUCGAUAAGGGCAGCUGUGAAAAACAAAGUGAAAAAUCAUAAGAAAAAGGAACCAUGCCUGGAGAGUGAGACAUUUUCAUUAGAAGAAGAAAAUGAAUUUUCUAAAGGCAGUGGGAGGAAGGAAAGAAAGGCAGCGAAGUUAAGUAAGGAAGCCUUAAAAAAGCUGCAUAGUGAGACUCAGCGGCUUGUCCGAGAAUCUGCACUUAAUCUUCCAUAUCAUAUGCCUGAGAAUAAAACUAUUCAUGAUUUCUUCAAACGUAAACCCCGGCCCACUUGCCAGGGAAAUGCCAUGGCCCUGCUAAAGUCAUGUAAGUAUCAGUCAGGCCAUUACAAGGAAGCCAUAAACGCAGCAGAUGCAGCUGGAGUGAAUGCCGAUGGCCCCAGCAAAGGCUGUGAGCAGACGACAGGUGCAGAGAUUGCAACGGAAGCUAGCAUUCUCCCUGAGGUCUCUGAAGAACCUGGGGUCACUGCUGGAUCAGACGAGGCUCAUGGGGAGGAGCCGGUAAGACACAGAGAGCUGGACAUUGAGGAGACUGAGGAGCACAGUGAUGACAGACCUCCUCCUGGGGACAGAUCAGUGUCACAGCAGGGAUCCCCCAUCUCCAGGAACAAGGCCAGUGAGGGGUAUCAGGUUGGGGAACUCAUGGCACCUGACCCUCACAUGCUUGAGGGAGAAAAACUGAAAAACACAGAAGAAAGAGACUCAAACGAGGCAGAGCUGGAGCAGAAAACUAAGUUGUCAGUAGCUGCGCCCCCCGAAAAGGUGAGAAGAUUCACUGUGGACCGACUCAAACAGCUGGGAGUGGAUGUUUCCAUCAAGCCACGGCUGGGCGCUGAUGAAGAUUCCUUUGUGAUACUCGAUGAGCCUGAAACCAACAGAGAAUUGGAAGCCUUGAAGCAGCGCUUCUGGAGACACGCUAAUCCAGCAGCCACUCCCAGGGCUCGUCAGACGGUGAACGUGAACAUCAUAGUGAAGGACUUGGGAAGUGAUGGGAAGGAAGAGCUAAAGGCAGAUGUGGUGCCUGUGACUUUGGCAGCUGAGAAGCUGGAUGAAGCAAGCCACACAAAACCAGGUGAAAAGCUGCAGAUGCUAAAAGCUAAAUUGCAGGAGGCAAUGAAACUGCGAAGGUUUGAGGAGCGGCAAAAGCGCCAAGCAUUGUUUAAAUUAGAUAAUGAAGAUGGCUUUGAGGAAGAGGAGGAGGAGGAGGAGGAAGAAAUGACAGAGGAGUCUGAAGAAGAUGGAGAAGAGGAGGUUGAAGAAGAGGAGGAGGAUCAAGACAUUCCAGAGACUACAGAAUUUCUUCUUGGUAGUGAAGAUACAGAAACCAAAGAUGACAAAGAGACAGACAAAGAGAAUACGGACGGCAGUAGUGAAAUCGGCAAGUGUGUUGACCUCUCUGUUCCCAAGCCCCUCUCCUCGGAUUCCACCUUACUUCUGUUUAAGGACAGCUCUUCCAAGAUGGGUUACUUUCCUACUGAAGAAAAAUCGGAAACAGAUGAACACUUGGGCAAGCAGUCUGGUAAACUGGAUGAAGAUGACUCCUGUUCACUGCUGACAAAGGAGAGCAGCCACAAUAGCAGCUUUGAGCUGAUUGGCUCCACAAUUCCAUCCUAUCAGCCUUGCAACAGGCAAACAGGCCGCGGGACCAGUUUUCUCCCUACAGCAGGUGGAUUCAGAUCCCCUUCCCCUGGGCUGUUUCGAGCCAGUUUGAUCAGCUCAGCUUCUAAGAGUUCAGGAAAACUGUCUGAGCCUUCACUUCCCAUAGAGGAUUCCCAGGAUCUGUACACCGCCUCCCCAGAGCCUAAGACACUUUUCCUAGGAGCAGGAGACUUCCAGUUCUGUUUAGAAGAUGACACUCAGAGCCAACUGUUGGAUGCAGAUGGAUUUUUAAACAUUAGAAAUCACCGGAAUCGAUAUCAAGCUUUGAAGCCUCAGUUGCCACUGGCCAGUAUGGAUGAGAACGCCAUGGAUGCCAACAUGGAUGAGCUGCUGGAUUUGUGUACUGGACAGUUUACAUCUCAGUCUGAAGAGAAAUGUCCACCUCGGAAGAAUAACAAAAAAGAAGACAUGGAGGAACUUCUGAAUCUUUGCUCGGGCAAAUUUCCUUCUCAAGACGCCUCCCCUGCGGCUCCACUGGAGCUGGGCAAGCAGGAGAAGGAGAGCAGCACGGAUGACCCCAUGGAAGAGGCACUUGCUCUUUGCUCCGGCUCCUUCCCGACAGACAGGGAGGAAGAGGGUGAAGAGGAGGAAUUUGGAGACUUUCAGCUUGUUUCAAAGGAAAACGAAUUUGCUAGUGAUGAGGAUGAACACAGUGACUCCGGUGACGAAGAGCUGGCCCUGGACCAGGAGGAUGAUGAAGAAGAGCUCCUAAAGCAGUCUGAGAAGAUGAAAAGGCAAAUGAGACUGAAGAAAUACCUGGAAGAUGAGGCAGAGGUGUCGGGAAGUGAUGUGGGAAGUGAAGACGAGUAUGAUGGGGAAGAGAUUGACGAAUAUGAAGAAGACGUCAUUGAUGAAGUGCUUCCUUCUGAUGAGGAACUGGAGAGUCAGAUCAAGAAAAUACACAUGAAAACCAUGUUGGAUGAUGAUAAGCGACGACUGCGUUUAUACCAGGAGAGGUACCUUGCUGACGGGGAUCUGCACAGCGAUGGGCCUGGACGAACGAGAAAAUUCCGGUGGAAACACAUAGAUGAUGCCUCCCAGAUGGAUCUGUUCCACAGAGAUUCUGAUGAUGAUCAGACUGAAGAACAGCUUGAUGAGACUGAAGCCAGGUGGAGAAAGGAGCGGAUUGAACGAGAGCAGUGGCUUCGGGAACAGGCUCAACAGGGGAAAAUUGCUGCUGACGAAGAAGACAUUGGGGAAGACAGUCAGUUUAUGAUGCUCGCCAAGAAAGUUACAGCCACACUGCAGAAGAAUGCCAGUCGGGCUGUGGUUGUUCAGGAGUCAAAGUCUGUGCCCAGUAAUCCUUUUGAAGCCAUCAGACCAGGAAGUGCUCACCAGCUGAAGAUGGGCUCCUUGCUAAACCAGCCCAAGACUGUGCUUCAGAAACUCUCUGCCCUGUCUGACCUCAACCCCAGCGCUCCCCGAAACUCAAGAAACUUUGUCUUUCAUACACUUUCUCCUACCAAGGCUGAGGCAGCAAAGGAAUCAUCUAAGCCUCAGGUGAGAAGAAAGGGGCCAUCAUUAAUGAUGUCACCAUCUCCUAAACGACUAAAGACAGAUGAUAGAAGUCCAGGACCAAAGCGAAGCAUCUUCAGAUACUUGGAAAGCUAACACUAUCCAGGAUGCCAGCAUCUGCUGAAACUGCUCCAAGUAGGUCUGACCCCUAACGGUGGGACUGGCGUUUGCGCCGAUGACCUCUCCUCCAUUGACCGAUGCAUCAUGGGCAGAGUUUCCAGUUUCCAGUUCUUGUCCCACGCACUCUCGAUGGCAGUUUUCUCUCCUAGUGUUAUUUCCAGUUCGGCCACUAUUCUUAUCACUACAGUUUCCAACAGCGACUUACAGAAUAAUUGAAGUCUCACUUCUUCUGUUAAGCAUUUGACAUUUUUUCCUAGCAGUUUCCUGGGUUGACACCACUUUGAAAUGAGGUGUUUGGAGGAGGAAGAAAGUGUGGCAUUAUAGAAAAUUACAGAAAGCACUGAAAGCCAGUACUGGGAUGACUCCUCCACACCCACGCGACCUGUAACAUGGUAACCAGGACCAGUGUGAGUGGCUUAGAUGGAGGGCCUAAGAACCACCGACCGACCGGCUGUUGCGUCAACCUUGUUCCUUCUGUUCCUGUAAGCUUCCAGGCUUCAUUUCUAAUUAACCUUUACUACCUUUGAAAUGAGGACUUAAGCUGGUACCUAGUUCAUUUUCUGGAGUGUGGGAAGAAGAUGAGGUUAUACCCGGUGUCUACCCACACCGGGUAAUCUGUGGAAGAGAGACUUUCCCUGGGACCAGAUCUCAAAGUGUUCGGUUGUGAGCCUCCCCUCUGCUGACAGAAGAACCCCGACCACUGUUGAUUGCAUCUCUAGGGCUGAGUUUGUUGUCCUGACCAGUCAGAGAACGUUUCAAUAGUUCAUCACUAAUACUGAGGGCAGACGAGUGGAAUUUAAUAAAAACGCUGAAGAGAGCUGCCACCGCUCGCCCUCCUUGGUCUGCCACUGGGUUUUCAGAAGUAUAGACAACCGUCCUUCUCAGAAGUGAACUCAGUGCUGCUUUGCCAAAACCAUCCAGAGGAAGGUUGGCUUCAGUGUCGAAAGCUGAGCACAGGAAGUCGGAGGAGAUUGUGUCUGUCUUUUAUUGAGAGACAUAAAAAAGCCAAUUUAAUUGAUGAAAAUAAGGUGUAGGUUUUCUGUUGAUUGCUAGGGGUUUUGUUUUUCUAAUACUCAGGAUGCUGACUUGGAAGGAAUAUAAAUUUGUAUAUUUGUAAUCUUGUAAUGGGAGAAAUGUGUAUAAAACUGUUUUAAUGUGUAUGUAGGUUUUAAAUAAAUCUCAUUGCCUUCA